CAGAGCGCACCGCGCAUGCGCGCAGCACCGCGGGGCGGGAGCAGCGGCCAAUCGGCGCGGGAGGGCGGGUCGGCGCAUGCGCGCCGCCAAGAACUACCCGCCGUGGUGCGCCGCGCGCACGCGCGCGCUCUUCCCGCCCCGCCCCGCCACCUUUUUACGCAGGCGCAGUGCGGGGAAAAGCUCAGGCCAAGGGCGCCUGCGCGCCGCCGCGCUAAGGGGGAGCGUGCCGGCCAAUCGCGGCGCGGGGGGGCGGGGCCGCGCACGCGCGCGGGGCGGCGGGACCGGAAGCGCCGCGGCGGCCGCCAUGGAGGCGCUCCGCGGGUGGCUCGUCCCGCUCCUCCUGCCCGGGCGCUGCUUCGACGAGCUCUUCCUGCGGCUGAACGUGUUGCACGUGCCGUGCCUGAAAAUCCUGCUCAGCAAAACGCUCGGUUACGUCAUCGUCGCCGGCUCCGUCAUGGCGCCUGGGGGGAGGCGCUCUUCCUCCUCCUGCAGACCCUGACCAUCGGCUUCCUCAUCCAGCAUUUCGGGGGGCACACGGGGCGAGCUGCUGCAGGCGGCCACCAACUACCGGCAGGGCCACACGGGGCAGCUCUCGGGGGUCUCCACCGCCCUCCUGCUGGGGGGGGCCCUGGCCCGCAUCUUCACCUCCCUGCAGGAGACGGGGGACGCGCUGCUGACCUUGACCUUCGUCGCCUCGGCCGCCUGCAACGGGCUGCUGCUGGGCCAGGUGCUCUACUACGGGGGGGCCCCGGCCCCCCGCCCCAAGGGGGACUGAGCCCCCCGCCCCGGGACCCCCAACCCCCUGGGGAACCCCCCCCCACCAUCACACGAUGGGGUUUGGAGGGGCUUUGGGCCCCCCCCCAAAGCGCUGGACCAAGGUGGGGGUGGGGGAGGGGCUGGGACCCCCCCUGGACGCCUGCGUGUCCCCCCCGCAGGAAGGCGGGAGGCUCCAGAGGAUCCAGGCGUCCGACCCCCCCCUCCCCUCCCCAUGGCCCCCCCAAUAAAGGGGCACCCGCCCUCCCCCCCCACCUUGGUUGUUCUUCAUUUCUAAUUACAGGCAAUAAUUAACGCUGACACCCCCCC